AUCUGCUAUGACAAAGGCGGUGAAAUGUGAUAACGAGAUAUUUUCGAGUUUUUGUUCAUCGUAGUAUCAACAAGUGAUAAAACAACAGUCAAAUUUUGAUGAUGUAUACUUAAUAGUGUUUUUUAGUAUUCUACCGUUGUCGUUGUGUUAUUGUGUAAUAUAUAUUAUAUUUGACUUCACGACGUGAAUGGUUCGUUGAUGAUGACUCUUUUAAAAACUAAUCUGGUACAAUUUUUUUUCAAUUAAAUAACGAUUCUUCUAACAUGGUGGGAUUGAAGAAAACAGAAUGUCCGCUGGUUUGUUGAUUGUAAUACUAUCACAUAGACAAUUAUUAUUCAUCAUUGAUGAACGAUUCCGGAUCGCUUAGUCCAUUUGACAAUGGAUGUUUAUCCUAUUACUUUGAUGAUUUGUCGAUCAGUGAUCGAGAAACUAUUGCCGAAGAUGUCAGUUAUACAAUCGAUUCAGAUGACAGUAGUUGCUCUAGAACAGCAUGUUCAUCCAUAUUUGGCUCUGGCCCUGAUGAAUUGGAAUCAGAAACAGCUAUAAACUCAUCAUGUAGUGGCAGCAUCACAAAAUCCAAUGUAUGUCUAAUUGACGUAGAUACAUCAAUUGAUUCCACUUGCCUAAAUCUUGGGAAAACAUCUGAAUGCUAUUUAGUGACGAUUGGAAAAUCUAUCCAAAAGAAUAACUAUAUUGGUGUUAAAACUUUUGAUCGUAUAAAUACCAGAACAAUUGAUAAUGAAGACAAAAUAGCUGGUAGUACAGCUUUAAUUUUAAAUUGUAGACCAGCUCAAAUCCCAGCCAAACUACCUAAGGAGCAAUUAGAACAUGAGAGACUGUAUGAGAAAAUAUUACAAAAUGCAAAGAAAAGUGAGUCUGAAAAAGCAAAAAAACAUAAAGAAUAUUUAAAACAAAAAUUAAAAAAUGAAGAACGAUUAGCACAUGUUACACAAAUAUGGACUCAAGAAAUAAUUCCAAAUUGGAAUCAAAUGUGUAGGACAAAGAGAUGCCGUGAUCUUUGGUGGAAUGGUUUGCCCUCUAGUGUACGUGGUAAAGUUUGGUGUUUAGCUAUUGGAAAUGAUUUGCUAAUCAAUGAAGAAUUAUACAGAAGUUGUGUUUCAAACUCAUUUAACAAAUUUAAAGAUUCAGAAGCUACAAUGCAUUGCCUGGAGUGUAUUCAUUUAGAUAUUACACGUACAUUUCCUCACUUGGGAAUUUUCCAACAAGGUGGACCAUACUUUGAUGUAUUGAAAAGGAUUCUUAGUGCCUACGUUUGUCUCCGUCCUGAUAUUGGGUACAUUCAGGGCAUGUGUUUUAUAGCUGCCAUUUUACUGUUGAAUAUGGAAGAACUUGAAGCAUUUAUUUGUCUAGUUAAUUUAAUGGAAUCUCCAUGUUUGAAUGCAUUUUACACUGUAAACCAAGGUUUGAUGACUUCUUAUUUUACUACAUAUAAUGACCUACUUAAACAUAAUUUGAAUAAACUCAAUACACAUUUUAAUCUCAUCGGUCUUACUUCUGAAAUGUAUCUAGUUGAUUGGAUAUAUUCAGUUUUUGCUAAAUCAACAAACCUAGAAUUGACAUCUAUUAUUUGGGACAAUUUUUUAAGAGAUAAUGAUCAAUUCUUAUUUCGAGCUGCACUUGGUAUUUUACGGAGUAAUGAGUCUCAAUUAUUGCAAAUGGAUUCUAUUACGUGCGCUCAAUAUUUAACAAAGUUACCAGAAAGUUUUACUUCAAAUGCUUUAUUAAAAUCAACUGCGGCUAUUCGUAUGUCUAUUGGAAAACAAUCUUUUAACUCCUUACUUGUUUGCAACCAAGCAAAGAGUACCCAAAACUCUUUGGAGUAAAAGUUUUAACGUAUUAUUGUUAUUGCUCAUUUAUAUUUAUAUUAAAGGAUAAUUAUUUUAUAUAAUUAUUCAAUUGUUACACUAAUGACAUAUCUCAACUAUUAAAAAUAUUUCUGUAAGUAUAAAUUUGUACAAAUUAUUUAUUACAAUAAUAAUUGGAUUAACAUAAAACAUUAAACAUAAUAAACUAUAGCAAUAAUAAAAAGUUUGACAUUUUUUCGGCAAUACCACUUGUUAAUUAAUUACACUCAUAUAAUUGAACUUAAUAUUAAAUUUUGAUACAUUCAAUUAAGUAACUCUUAUAUCUCAUUUAUCCUAACUUAACCAAUUAUCAUAAUACUGGUGGAUAUUAUAUAUAUUUCAUUUUUUAACUAAGCGAUUAAGAUAUUAAAAUAUAAAUUAAAGAAUAUUUAAAUUUAUAAUCUCAUAUUCAAAUAAACAGAGUAUUUCUAUUCAUAAGCUUAUAUUAAAAAUAAUGUAUAUCAAUACAUUUUUUUUUAAAUUAUAUAAAACUAUAUAUUUAUUAUAUUAAUAUUUAAAUUCAUUAAUUACUUAUUUGAAAUAGAAAUUUUAAGAGUAUUUAUCAAUACUUCAAUUAGUUUUUGUAUAUUGAUUUAUUUAUAGCAAAACCUCAGAUUUUGUUUUUCUAACUCCGUAACCAUGACCAAAAACUAUUAUCUAGAACUUGGUUGAUAUUUUUAACUGUUAGUCAGUAUUCAUUGUAACUCAUUGGCUGAGAUUUUAAAUUAUGUGAUUAGAAUUUUGUCAUUAGUGUAACAAAACCAUUUUAACCUAAUAUAAUCCAUCACACAUGUUAAUCAUACAUAUCCAAAAUAAGAUUUUAUACAUGAAUCUCUUUUAUACCAAUAUCUGUUAUAUAAUAUUUAUUUUAUUGUUAAUUACAUUAUUAUAUAAUUAUUGAUUAGUUUUACUUUUUACAUGACAGUAUUCAAAGUUUAAAAUUAUUAUUUAUUGAUUUUUUUUUUUAUAGAUUUAUUAAAAAUACAUUUAAAUGUGAUAUGAUAUUUUUAUUUAAAAUACCUAUGUAAUGUUUUACAAUAAACAUGAAAAGUUUUGAAUUUUAAAACUAUAUUGUACUGACUAUGUUUUUCUUUAGUAUUUUAUUUCUAAGGACUCAAAUUUGAAGUUAUCAUUUAACUAUUUAAUUUAGCAAUAAUUUAAACCCUGAAGUAUGUAAAAAAAAUGUAUUCCUUAAAUAAUGUAAUUAUUUUUUAACUAAAAUAUUGGCGUCUUAAAAAGUUUAUGUAAAAACUUAUAAACUAGUUAGUACACACAACAAACUGUAGUUGGUUCCAUAAACUAUGUAACCAGAAUUUGUUAAAUGUCCAUAUUAUUAGCUACCAUUUUUUAAUAUUGGCUAGUAUGGUUCAAUAAUAUUAAAUAAUAAAUACUUAUUAUUUUGAUAUUAA